AUGUGGCUCUUUAGUCAAAUUCCAUCAAGCUCUAAUAUCAUAACAUUUAAAACUUGGAAUUUUUUGUUUCCACAUGUCACCACUACACUUAUUUUGAUCCUUUUAAUUCAGAUUUCUGGGUCGGUACAUAGUGGUCAAAUAUGUAAGCCACCGGAUAGUCCUAACUUACCGGAACGUAAAUAUAAGCUUCAGGAGCUUCAUUCAGCUUUUAAACAUGUUUCUGCAAAAUCAAAUUUAAUCAAUGAAAAACGACUUAAACAGUCUCGUCUACAACCAAAAGGUUCUAAUGCUCGAUAUAUCACAAAUGUGCAUUUGGGGGUACAACUUGGACCAUUGGGACCAGAUAAUUUUGCACAGGUCCUUCCUGCAAUUGAUCUGGCUCUUGAAGAUAUACAAGCAUUUCCCGCUUUUGGAGGUGUCAGUUUUACUACAGUACUCAUAUUAUACAUUGAUGCCCUUGCAUGUGACGCACUUGCCUUAUUAACUCAACUAAAUUCGAAUGGAGUGAAUGUAAUUUUCGGUCCUUUAAAUGAUUUUACUCUGGCUAACGCUGCGAGAUUCAGUACUGCAAUGUACAAUGUCCCUAUUGUGGCUCCUGCUGGCUUUGCCCAUCAGCUUAGUGAUAAACUUGAAUAUGGAAUGCUUACACGUGUCUUAUUUACUUAUUCUGAUUUGGAAUGGGUUUUUGGCAAUACUUUAAAACACUAUGGCUGGUUGCCAGACCAACAAACACCUAUAGCCAUAGUUACAACUAGGAAUGUUAGACGUCGAGAAGGUGUGGUCGGGCAUACAGGAAUGGCUGGUGUUUUUCAACAUUUAAUAUUACAGAAGUUCUUAGUUAAAGCUGCAUAUAAACUUUUAUCAGUCACCUUGGAUGAUGAAUUUGAUGUAACUGAUCGCUUUCUGAAACGCCUUCCUGAUUCUGCUAGAAUUAUAAUACUGUGCACAGAUCCAGAAGUUGUACGGGAUAUUAUGUUGGAAGCACAUAAAUUAAAUAUGGUUAAUGGAGAUUAUGCAUUUUUCAACAUGGAUCUUUUAAGCAGUCAAACAAAAUUGAAAAGACCUUGGUAUAAAGAAACAUCCAGUCCAGAAGAAAACGAAAGAGCACGUCAAGCUUAUCGUGCUCUUAUGACUGUAACACUUUUGAAACCUGACAGUCCUGAAUAUCGAACAUUUACAGAAGAAGUGAGAGCAAGAGCUUUACGUGAUUAUGAAUUUAGUUAUCGAGAUUCUGAGGUAACACCGUUCAUUGGAACAUUUCAUGAUGCUGUCAAAUUGUACGCCUUAGCUUUAAAUGAUGCCUUAGCCAAAGGUGGAACAAUCACUAAUGGUACAUUGAUUACACAAGAAAUGUGGAAUAGAACAUUUAAAGGCGUUACUGGUGUUGUACGUAUUGAUGCGAAUGGUGAUCGUAACGCUGAUUAUUCUUUACUGGAUAUGAACCCUGUAACUGGAGACUUCGAAGUUGUCGUAAAUUAUUUUGGUAAUGAUAAGUCUUUAUCAACUGUUCCCGGUAGAACAAUUGAUUGGAUAAAUGCUGAUAAUCAACCUCCAUUGCAUACACCACCAUGUGGAUUCGAUGGUUCCGAAUGUCAUAAUAGUCAUUUUAUUCAUAUUGGAAUUAUUGGUGCAGUUGUAUUUAUUUUAUUAAUGACAAUGUCUUUAGUCUUGGGAAUAAUAUUCUAUCGCCGUGCUAAAUUCCAGGCGGAACUACGUGCUAUGAAUUGGAUUAUCCCAUGGGAUGCGUUGCUAGUGACAGAAAAACAUUUACGACGUUAUCGACGUGAGAGUGAUAUUCGUUCACCUAACCAAUCAUCUGAUCCGUUGAGAAAAAUAUCAUCGGAAACAUGUACCGCUGCAGCAAGUAAAUCUUUACUCAUUGGUAGUGACCCAACAAACAAUGAAAAUCCAACACAAUAUUCAAAUACAGUUGAAUUCUGUACAACAGUCGAUGAAAUUUCUCCAGAGAAACCAAAUCGUAAAAUUUCAUUUAGUAAUCUUAUUUUAUCUGCUAUUAAUUCUUCCGGGAGUAAUUCUAGUGGAACUGGUACAAAUUUACCCACUGAUAAAAAGCGUCGGAAAACAUCAACUUCUGGAAGAUUUUUAGCUCGUUUCGCUGGUGAUUCGAUAAUAUUACCACCGACAGUAUUUGAAGAGUCUUGUUCACAAACUACAUCACCAUCUAAUUAUGUUGGCUAUACGCAUUUACAAGGAGUUAAUGCAAAUAAACGUCAACAUCGUUUAUCUAGACGGAGUAAGACAAAUGAUGAAAAUCAAGUGAUUGAUAUUAAUAGUCCAACAAACGGACAAAAUAGUAAAGGAAUGCCAGAAUGGACUUACUUUAAACACCCGUCUUUUGAUUAUACGUUUACUAAUAAACAAAAUAAAUAUCGAAAGAAACAUGAUAGUGUUGGGAUGGAUUCUGAUUAUAAUCCAUUAAUGGAAUUCGAUUUUUUCAAAAAGAAAAAGCAUUCACAAGAUUCUCAAUCAAGUUUAGGCUCAUUAGAUACAAUCUCUGGCAUACAAUUAGAUAAAUUAGCAAAUUCGCAGAUGUUUGCACGUACAGCAUUCUACAUGAAAAGUAUUGUUGCUCUGAAACCUCUACGUAGACAAACACGAAUCGAACCAUCCAAAGCACUGUCGAUUGAAGUUAAAAAAGUUAAAGAUUUGAAUUGUGAUCAUAUUUGUCGAUUAAUUGGUGUAUGUUUAGAAGUGCCACAUCAGUGUAUUGUUUAUGAAUACUGUCCAAAAGGAAGUUUGCAAGAUGUUUUGGAAAAUGAACAAAUCAAAUUAGAUUGGAUGUUUAAAUUUUCUUUGAUGCAAGAUAUUUGUCGAGGUGUUAUGUACUUACAUCAAAUAUUUGGUCCACAUGGUAAUUUGAAAAGUUCCAAUUGUUUGGUGGAUUCACGUUUUGUAUUAAAAAUCACUGAUUUCGGUCUACCACAUAUACGUGGUCCACCGCCAUUAGAAUCAGAAGUUGGCAGUUUUAUAUUUCAUCGAAAUUUAUUAUGGACAGCACCAGAAUUAUUACCUGACGGUGAUACAACUAUUUAUCCACGCGAAUCAAUAAAAGGCGAUGUUUAUAGCUUUGCAAUUGUCUGUCAGGAAAUUGUAUAUCGCAAAGGUGUAUUUUAUAUACAGAAUUUUAAAAAUUGUGAACCAGAUUUUAUUGUAAAGGAAGUGAAAGCACACAGGAAACCACCAUUUCGACCGACAUUAGAUUCAUUGGAAGGUUGCUCUGAAGAUUUAGUUCAGUUAAUCUGUCAAGCAUGGGAUGAUGAUCCAAGUGUACGACCAGAUUUUCAGUCAAUUAAAUUAUCUAUGCGAAAAUUAAACAAAGCAGGAGAUAGUAAUAAUGUUUUGGACAAUUUACUCUCUCGUAUGGAACAAUAUGCGAAUAAUUUAGAAGAAUUAGUUGAACAACGUACAGCUCAGUAUUUAGAAGAGAAAAAGAAAACAGAAGAUUUAUUAUAUUCUAUGUUACCAAGAUCUGUGGCCAAACAAUUAUUCCGUAAUCAACCCGUAACUGCAGAAAGCUUUGAAAUGGUCACCAUCUAUUUUAGUGAUAUUGUUGGAUUUACUUCACUUUCAGCGGAAUCUACACCAAUGCAGGUUGUAGAAUUGUUAAAUCGAUUAUAUACAUUAUUCGAUGGAAUAAUUGAAAAUUUUGAUGCAUAUAAAGUUGAAACAAUUGGUGAUGCGUAUAUGGUCGCUUCCGGCUUACCACAACGUAACGGUAACAAACAUGCACGUGAAGUAGCCCGUAUGUCUAUUGCAUUUUUGAAAGCUAUUUUUGAAUUUCAAAUUCCCCAUAGACCUGAAAAACGUUUAGAAUUAAGGAUUGGUAUACAUUCAGGUCCAGUAUGUGCUGGAGUUGUUGGACAAAAAAUGCCGCGUUAUUGCCUGUUUGGUGAUACAGUGAAUACUUCUUCACGAAUGGAAAGUAAUGGUUUACCCUUAAAAAUUCAUAUCAGUCAACAAACAUUUGAUGUAUUGAAAACAUUCAAAUCAUUUAUUAUGACUGAACGUGGUUUAGUUGAAAUGAAAGGUAAAGGUCGUCAAAAAACGUACUGGUUACAUGGUGAAGAUUGUUAUAUUGUUGAUCCUAUUCCUCCUGGUGCACAAAUAGUUGGUGGAACAUACGAAGGUGUUACAGGUCCAAUACCUGCCGGUGCAUUAACACAUAAAGGAAAUUCUGAUUUCACCCAAUCACCAGAACAUGUAUGUAAUCCACAGUUAACCUCUGCUCCACCCAAUCAUCUUGCUGUGAUUAAUAAUAAAGAAACCGUUGUUGAUAAUUCACUAAGGCGUAAAUCUCACAGUUCACCUGCAUCGCCAGCAUUUAAUUCACAAUCUAUCGUAGACUGUAGUAAUAUCAAUAAUGAUAAUAAUAAUAAUAAUAAUAAUAAUAAUAAUAGUGAUAAUGUCAGUGUAGUUGGUACUGACCAUCAUCAUUAUCAUCCUCAACAACAUUUACAACAAUCAAAAUCUGCUGUUGAAUCUAAUGAAAGAGUUUCAAUGAAAACUACUAAUCCUUAUCAUCCAAAUAAUAAUAAUGAUAAUAAUUUUGAAUUAACUAAUCCUAAUCAAAGACGAGUAGCUGUAUGUCAUUUAAAUGAUGAUCAAGUUAUUUAUAAUGUAUCAGGUAGUAGUUGUGUUGAUAAUAAUUCACAACAAAUUGACGAGAAAGUUUAAUGUGAUGCGCUGUAAAAAAGAAAAGUGAAUAAUUUAAUUAGAUUCUUGUGUGAUUAUUUCAGAUUUUUUCCAAUUCUACGGAUCACAUCAUUACUGAUAACAUUUGCUCUUUGUUUUUUUCUAGCAAUUGCUAUCAAAUUCAUAGUGAUAUUUGAAAUAACUUCAAUUAUUGUUUACUGUUGUUUAUAUUUGUGUACAUGUAUGUAUGUAUCUAUGUAUAUGUGUGUGUGUGUUCAAAGUAAUGAAGCAAUUCAGUUGUACAACAUAUACUCAAUCUCCCUUCGUUUCUAUGACUGUAUACGUAAAAUGAAUUUUGCUCAAAAAGUGCUUUCAAUAUGAUCUCACUAAAUUAUUGUGCCUAACAACAAUCUAUACAUCUAUUCUCUUAAUCCCUAUCAUCUAUUGAUAUCAGCAAUAUUUACAUACAGAAUCUACAAGUGUGUGUAUGUAUACCAAUGUAAACUUGUAUGUGUGUGUGUGUCUAUUUGUGAAUAUAAAGUUUAAUCCUGCCUAUUGUUUGUAAAACUAUUUUUCCGUAUUCUUAUUUGUAUGAUUACGUGUAUGUAGAUGUAUUCGCACAUACAUCUAUGAUUAUUUGGAUUUCUUUAUCACUAACAUACAUGUUCAGUAUUUGGAUGUUUUGAGGUAUCCAUUUAUAUGUGUACAUCUCAUUCAACUAAUAAUAAUAUGUACAAUUUAGUUUCAGUGUGUACUUUUUAAAAAAAAAAGUCUUAAUAAAACUAAUAUGGUUACUAUCAUUAAUAAGUUAAUUAGUUCAUGAAAGAAACUUUCUGUACUUCUGAUCUAUACUGUCUUUCAUUUUUCAUUAUAUGUUUGUAUAUGUGUUUAUUUCUUUCCCAAUUUGUUUAUUUUAUUACUUUUUGGCAUUCCUUAAAACACUUAUUUCUGUUUAUUUAAUUUUCUCUGAGAUUUAUUAUUAUCACCGGUUCACUGAGAGAAAGAGAGGAAAGUCCAUAUCUUCAGCUCAUUCCCAAUAGUUUAUUUUCAAUUAGUUAAAACACAGAAUCAUGAUUAUAAUAAAAGUAUAUGCGUUGACUAGUUUGCCUCACUAUGUAUAUGGAUAUACAUUUACAUGUGUGUAGUAUGUACAAUAGUGAAAAAUGAGUGUUGAUUAAUUCUUCGUUCUGUUCCGUCACUGCUGAUAUCUUGUAAAAUAUCUUCUUACAAAAUUUCUACUUUAUAUAUGCCAAGAUUGUUAAUUAAGAGUUUUAUGAACCACCAAUCUGAACAGAAAUACUAUAAUCCUCAUUGUUCCCUUUCAUUUGUUCAUUUCUUUGUAAACAAAAAAAGAAAAUAAAAACAACCUCUUAUUAUCGUUAUCAACAAUAACAGUGAUCUCUGAACUAAUGUAGAGAAGUUUAAAGAUAGUGUAACAUUUUAUCCAAUCUAAUAUUAAUUAGGUUUAUCAUAAUUUUCUGUAUAAACAUUCAGUUGACCAUAAUUCCUCACAGUAACUCACUUCUUUCUUUUUCUCUUUUCAUACUUGACAUUAUCACAAUUAAACAAAUAAAAUUAUUGAUUAUGUAAAUUACUACUACAAUUACUAUUAUGACUACUAUUGUAUAACAGCUACUUAUUCAGUGUUUUCUCACUCCUCACUUUUACCAUCGACAUAACCUCCUCCUUCGUCAUUACACUUUCUGAUUAUGUUUAUUGCUUUUCUAAAUGAAAAGGAAAUAAUUACGAGAUGAUAUUUCUCUUAUUUUUGUUUAUUGGUGUAGUAUGUAGUUUUGUUUAUCAGUCUGCGUUUUUCACCUCUUUUUUCUUCGUUUUCUCAAAAUAACUACUACGGAAAUAAUUAACAAUCAUCAUUCUUUUAUAACAAUAAUUGGAAGACCGUCAAUAUUGCCUAUUUUUCUUCAAAACUGCCAUCUGAAAAAUACUGAAAUUCGAGCUACAUUCAUUAAAUAUUAUUGAUUUACUUCACCUCUCGAUUUUUAAUAUUACUGGGCUCUUCUAAAAACACAACUCCUGAUGUUACUUGUAUUCUUAUCACUGUUGUUGUCUUGUGACCGUCUUUGUGAUUCCUACUAUAUUUCAUUCUUCCCCAGAGAUGUUUACCUGUAUAUUUCUUUAUUUCUACAAAUCUACUUCUUCCAUGUUUACAUGCUAAUUUUUUUCUUUUGUUUACUAUAUAUAUAUAUAUCCACGUCCGUAGCUACGUUAUCAUGUGGACAUUAACUCUAACAAUAGUGGACUAAAUAUGUGUAAAUUAGACAAGCAAUUCACAUUCUCUUUCCUAACCUUCCCCCUGUCCACAGUUUACUGUUUUCGCUACUUCAGUUUUUUUAUCACUUACCUUUAUUAUGACUACAAUUAUUAUUGUGUCAACCCUACGGAAAUCUUUUUCAGACCUAGUUAUGCAUAUACAUAUUGUACUUGUUGAGUACGUGUACAGUAUACAUAUAUAUGUUUCUUGUGUGUAUAUGUGUAUGUAUGUAUGUUUGUUUGUGUAUGUGCGAGUCGCACUACAAUUUUUAAAAUUAUCACUUGAAUAAAUAUGUCAAAUAAUUUAAGUGUAAUUAUGAAUGUAACAAUCGAACAAACAAGAUAGAUAUGACUUUAUUCUGAAAAUAUGCGCUGAUCGUACUCGUAUGAUCCAUUUUCUUUCUUUUUUUGUGAAUAAGAACCUUACACAAGCCAUCAUUAACAAAACAAUUUUCACAAUAACGGUUAGUGCUGCUAUGUUUUUUUCUAAAAAAACUUACACAUAAAUGAACAAAUAAUAAUAAUAAUAGUUGAUAUUUUGG